CAGGCCCCCUGCAGUGCUGUCGCCCGCCGUGUCGCCCCCCCCGACACACGCUUUCGCCAAUACUACGUCCGGCUCCGACUACCCCCCGUACUUCCCCCCGGUGCCGGACACCGCUCUCCCCGGCCCGGGUCAGGAUGCCAGCACCACCGGUGCCAAGUUGAACAGCGCCGGUGCUUCUGCCGCCUCUCCUGGCCUUGGGCACAUGGACCCCCCACUGCACGCGGCAGCCGCCGCCGCCCCUGGGCCUUCCUUUGCCCGGCAUGACGUCCCCUCGGCUGGGCCCGGGGGGUACAUGCUCGGGGCGCCGGCCCACCACUUGCCCAGCCCGUCGGCCGUGAAUUUCCCCAACUACCACGACAUCGGGCGCCCACGGGCAUACUCGCUGCCGACCACGGCCUAUACGGCGCCGCCCGUCGUCGGGCCCCUGCCGGUGUCCCAACACCAGUACUACCAUGCCCGGGCGUCGCCUCCUCCCAGUGGCAGCGGUGGCGAGGCGCCCGCUGGUGAUGAUAGCCCCGCCUCCGGGGGCUCCGGGCGCGAGGUCCGACUCUCCUCGCAGCCCGGGUCCUCUCAGUCCUCGGCCGCUGGGACUCCCAGCGGCUUGGGCUUCGGCGGCAGCAACCCCGGUGCCGAUGGCAGUGAGCCGGACACAGCAUCCACCGUGGGCCCCCAGGAGCCGGCCGCCGCCCCGACCGCCGGGGCAAAGGCCGAGGCUCCGCGUCGGCGCCGGCGUCGGGCACCCAGCCGCCCGGCCGCCGGGUCCUCGAGCCCCAACGCCACGACCCCCACGCCCGGCGGCCGGGACCCCUCGCAAGCAGUCAAGGCCUCGGGUGAGCCCCCGGGCACGGAUGCAGCCUCCUCGGCCCGGCCCGGCUCCCCGGUCCCCCAAAAGCCCGCGGCCACCUACGUUUCCAAGGCAUGCACCAACUGCCGGAAGUCUCAUCUGGCAUGCGAUGAGAGCCGCCCCUGCCGGCGAUGCAUCAGCGCCGACAAGGCGCACUCUUGCGUCAGCGGCGUGCACAAGAAGCGUGGCCGGCGCUCGCGCGCCGAGAUCGCCCAGUCUGGCGGCGCCGGCGCCGGUGCCCAGGCCGCUGCUUCGACCUCGAAGGCCGAGCCCCCGGCCACCGAGGCGGCCACUGGCGCUGCCACCACUGGCGCCGCCGGCGCCACUGGCACUGCCCCUGAUGCGGCCACUCCCGCCGUUGCUGCUGCCGCUGCCGCUGCGGCCACCGCCGCUCCCGCCGCUCGCGUCACGGAAACCCAUGACACGGCCAAGGCCCGAGACGGUCGCAAGGGUCACCGUGCUCGUGAAGGGCUCGAGGCCGGUUCCUCCGCGGGCCGUGCCGAUGGCCCGGUGCCUGUGGUCUCGGAAAUCCCCGGGGUCUGCGCCCAUGCCUCCUCCUCGACAUUGGUGCGCAUGGAGCACCUUGCCAUUGCGGGAGAUUGUCCCCCGAUGCGGUCACCUCCGCGAAAGGCCGAGGCCACCAGCACCGGGUCUUCGACGCCAGCCUCGAUGGGGCCCUCCGUAAUGAUGGCGCCGCCGCCGCCGCCGCCGCCGCCGCCGCCGCCGCCGCCGCCGCCGCCGCCAUCGGGCCUUCUCCUUUCCGACCCCUACUACCCCGGCAUGAUGGCGCUGCCUCCGGGAGACCAUCCGUCUCGCUCGCUGGCGGGUUCCCACCAUGCGCCGGUGUCCUCGGCGGCGUCCCCCUCGCCAGUUCACCCUCCGCACAAGCCGCACCAGCUCCCCUCCCAUCAUGCCCUCCAUGGCCACCCGCCGAAUGGCGAGGCCUCCGCCGGCACGGGCUUCUACUCCCAGCAUGCGGCCCUGCCAAGCCUACCCCCGGCUGCAUCUCAUGCCUCGACUCCGGCAUACCAAUCGCCCCCGCAGUCGCAUCCGCCCUCGCACUCGCACCCCCACCAUCAUCACCACCACCACCACUAUCACCACCACCAGCACCAGCCGCAGCAGCCACCAUCGGCACAUCCCCCCUCGCAGCCGCUCUCGCUGUCACAGUCGCGGCUCCCUUCGCAUCCACACCCGCAUGAUCCCACGCACCUGCAGCCACAGCGCCAACAGCCACAGCCCCCGUCGUAUCCGCAUCCGGCCUACUACAACGCUCAAGCCUACUACCAGUCGUCUUCUUCUUCGGACCCGGAUGGCGAUUCAUACCAGGCCCCGGCCUACCAGGCCCAAUCCUUUGCCGGAGAGUCGACUCACCCGGGACACUACUAUCCGAGUCCGCCUCUUCCAGUAGCCGCGUCAGGCGCCACCAGUGGCCUUGCCUUUGCCGGGGCCUGGGGGUCUGCCUCGGUGGACAAUUUCACCGCCGGCCCUCCCCAUGGCGCGUAUGCCCCUGCCCGGUUUGAUGACACGAUGCAAUUCACCGUUGCGGCAAGCCCCGCCGGGGGGCCGGCCUUCUCGCCACCCUCGCUGGCGCAGCAGCAGCAUCCCCUACCUGGAGGUGAUCUGAGUUCGCACGGGCCAGCCCCGAGGACCGGUGUCGGCGCCCUGCCCGCCGAUGCCCAUGCCCCGGAGGUUUCGUACCCCGAGUCUGCGCCGCUGCUGCAGGCACACUCGCCGGCCUCGCCGCCGGGGAGUGUCGGUGCUGGCGCCCGGCACUCCGGCUUGCCGCACAAGCUCCAGCCCCAGCGCCUUGUGAGUCCCACCGAGUUGGAUGGCCAGCUUGGCGCCCAAUCGCGUGCUCGCUCGGACCCGGACCUCUUCCGCGCUGUCGGCGGGGAUCCCCGGCCAUCGGUGGCAACCGCCACGCCGGCCGGCCCCAUGGCUGGCCAUGCUGCGGUGGCCAAGCCGCCGACCACGGCCAGCUCCUCGAGCGGGGGCUUCGCCCAUGCGGCAGGCUCGGGCCCGGUGUCGGCCGAUGGCUUUGGCCCCAGGCGCUCGGCGACGGCCUUCGACCCGUGCCGCCGGUCGGAGCUCCUGCUCCAGCGCGCGGGGUCGCACGACAAUCUCACCUUCUCCGGGGCGGGGCCCGCGCCGGGGGUGGCCGCCACCGCGAUGCCGGUGACCGGCUACGCUGAUCGUGCCCCGGUUCAUCCCCCUCCAAGGGCGGACUUCAGCCCGGCCGCGUCUGCCGGUCACCCGGCCCCCCCGGGGCUUUCCGGUCGCCUGUCCCAGUCGCUGUCCUCGGUGGCACUUGGCUGCCCGCCUGCCGGAGACUCGAAUGAUCAACUCCAUCAGCAACCGCAACAACAACAACAACAGCAGCAGCAACAACAGCAUCACUCCCAUCACCCUUCCUCCCAUCACUUGGCGGUGGGCGUUGCUGCUGGUGCCGGAGCGAAUGACGCCGCCGGGCUUGUGCCUCGCGGUCGGGCCCUGUCGGUUGCAUCGGCAUCCCCCUCGCCGAGCGCCUUCCGCCGGGCCCCGCCUUCUGCGGCGGUUUAUGCUGUUGGCAAUCUGCCCGGGGAGGAUGUCCAUCCUGGGUCGGGGGCCGGUGUGCAUGCUGGCCCGAGCCCGACGGCCUUCCACUCUCCGGCGCCGGGGGAGCGCAUCAAGCGCCCGAACCCGGUGGUCCAUCGAAAUCCCACGAGCGCGGCCCUGACGCGGGAUAUUGCCCCCUCCGGGGCGUCAACCAUUCAGCCGACUCCCCUGAGGCCGCCCUCGCCGCCGACCAUUCGCCAGUGCGUGCGGUAUUCGCCCUCGGCAGCCGCCGUGGCCGGUGGUGUGGUCGCCGUGUCGCCGCCAGUGCCGCAUCCCUCUGCGCAAACCAUCGCCCAGCGCAAGUGCGCCUGCCCGUCGGACAUCCACUGCAUCUGUGGCGAUGGCGGCACCGGUGCCUCGGGCCCCGGGAGCGCCGGCAUCGGCAGCGGCAGCGGCAGCGGCAGCGCCAACGAAGGCGGCACUUCUGCACACCUGCUGGGGCCCGAGGUGUCGGCCUUCGCCGAUCGCCCUCCGCACUACCCGUCGGCCUUUCGCCACGACUCGGACCCGGUGGCCGGGGGCCUGCAGUAUGCCCCGCUGGCUGGCGGCCCCGGCUCCGGCGGCACUGGCGGCGGCCCAGCCACCGGGUCCCCGGCCGAUGGGAGCCUCAAUAGUGGCGGAAGCAGCGGCACCGGGACGCCGCGCCUGGGCAGCUCCCCCUACCCGGCGGUGAUGUCCUACCGGGCAACCUCGCUGGGUCCCUCAAGUGCCAUGUCGGCCUCCCCCUCGCCCGGUCCUUCCUCCGCGUCUCAGGUGUCGAUCGGAGCGCUGGCGCUCCCAUCCGCCGGAGGCCCCCCGGCGAUGGUGGCGGCGCAGCCCCUGGCCGAUCCGCAUUCGGCGUCUGGCGGCGGCCCGGGGGCCGGCAAAUGUGCGGCCUACUAUGAGGUCCCGCACCCGGGCCUGCUGAUGCCGGCCGGGCGUCCGGCCGGCGGGGAUGCCCCCGUCGAGGGGUUCCUGUCGGCCGAUGGCUUCCUGCCUGGGGCGGCCGUGGCACCGACCAUGGGGCAUGUGCGGCUCUCGCCCUCCUAUGCGAGUGCCGUGCCGAACAGCCUGUCCCCGGUGCAUGGGCACCCGGUGGAGCGGUCCCCGGCAUCGGCCCCCAGCUCGGUGGCUCCUCAUGCCAUGCCGCCGGCGGCGGCGGCGGCCACCACGUCGCCAUUGUUGCUGGGCUACUCGCCCCCGGCCGGCGGCGCGGGUGCUUCCCUUGGCCGUGCUGCCUCGGCCACCUCCCUGUACCCGGCCAGUGCCGGGGCCGAUCCCCUCUUGCGUGGGGGUCCCCCAGCGAGUGGUGGCCUGGCGCCCGCUUCGGCCAUGGGAAUGGAGCAAUCCCUGCACCUCCUUGGCUCGAACCCCCCGCCGCAGCAUCAUCGGCCGCACUCGGUAAACUUUCACAUCAAGCCCGAGCUCCGGGUCAACACAACCCAUGUGUCCAUGCCGCCGUCGGGAGGCCAUGCUUCCUCGAUGUCAGCCCCCCCGGCGGCCGGCCCCCCGGGUGGUGGGCUCCCCCACCUCCUUUCGACAGCCCCUAGCGCGACCGGCGUGUCCUCUCUCAGCCUCCCAGCCCAAAUGGGCGACUACUCGCUUGAUGCCAACUUGAUGGCCGUGCCACAGCCAUCCCCAGGCUCGGCGUUGCAGUAUCCCAUGUCGGGCCUCCCGUCGGAUGGCGGUCCUCUUCGGCGUGGUGCUGCGUCCUUGUCUCCCCUUCGGCCGCUGCCUGCCAGUGACAUUCUGAAUGGUGGCAAUCUGGCGCCAGUCGGCUCCGAGCCACUUGCCCAUCACUCGUCUCGCCUGCCGGACGUCGGGGUGUACCGUCCCCGCCCCCUUCCACCGGCCGUGACAGCAGUGCCCCUUGCGCCGAUGUGGCAUGCGGUUGAGGCACCGGCGACAUCCGUGUGCGAUCAUGCGGCCACCAAUGCCGAUGGCUCGAUCAUCACUUGUGGCCGUUGCUACCGCUUCGCCUGAUGGCACCACGACAUGCCGCAUUCUUCCCUCCCUCCCUCCUCCCUCUCCCGCUCUGGUCCGUCCUCCCCCAUCUUCCCCUUGUGGAACUUCCCUCGGUUUCCCACCAAUGUGGGGCCCCUGCCCUUGCGACACCACCCUCCGGUCCCCCGAGACAGAUAUCCCCCUUCGUGCGCCUCCUGUGCGCCGCGGUCCAUGUACUUGUACUUUUGCUCUCCCCCCCUCCCUUUCUGGCCCGCGCUCUCUCCUCGGUGUGUCCGUAAAUACCCCUCCCCCCCCC